AUGGCUUCCGCGAGGCUCGUCGGAAUGGGCUUCCAGCUCCUUAAGCGAGCGACCGAUGAAGAGAGCGAUCCUGAGGAGGGCGACUCUGCCCAGAAGGAAUUGUUCGCGGCGUGGGCGCUCUUCAUCUCGAUUAUGCUGCUCAUCAUUGCUUUCUUCACAAGCUAUAUGCUGCAGAUGAAGAAGGUCACUGCUAUACAUGAAACGGUUAUAUCAAUCUUUGCUGGUAUGGUUGUCGGGCUUGUCUUAAUGAUAGCUUCUGGCGACUCUAUUCGCAACAUGAUCAGUUUCGACUACCAAAUCUUCUUCAACCUUCUUCUGCCACCCAUUAUUCUAUCCUCCGGUUACGAGCUACACCAGGCCAACUUCUUCCGCAACAUUGGCACCAUCUUGACCUUUGCCUUUGCUGGAACCUUUCUGUCGGCCGUCGUUAUUGGCUUGAUCUUGUACAUCUUUACACUCCUCCCCGGAUCGCUGGGCAUGACCUUCGUCGAUGCGAUUUCUGUGGGCGCAACUCUCUCUGCUACUGACCCUGUCACUAUUCUCGCAAUCUUCAACACCUACAAGGUUGACCCCAAGCUCUAUACCAUCAUCUUUGGAGAGUCGAUUCUCAAUGACGCCAUCGCGAUUGUCAUAUUCGAAACUGCGCAGAAGUACAAGAAGGGCGAGGCUGCUAAUCUUGGCAUCGUCAGCUUCUUUGAAGGCACAGGAAUCUUUCUGCUCGUCUUCUUCUGCAGCAUGUUUAUUGGCUUCAUCGUUGGCGUGGGCACUGCUUUGCUGCUCAAGUUUACCUACCUUCGCCGUAUUCCCAAGAUUGAGAGUUGUUUGAUUGUCUUGAUCGCCUACGCAACUUACUUCUUCUCUCACGGCCUUCAUAUGUCUGGUAUUGUGUCGUUGCUUUUCUGCGGUAUUACGCUUAAGCACUAUGCCUAUUUCAAUAUGUCACGUAGAACUCAACUCACCACCAAGUUCAUCUUUCAGAUCUUAUCGCAGUUGUCUGAGAACUUCAUAUUCAUUUACCUGGGGCUGGCUUUGUUCACAGACAACAACCUCUCAUUCCAGCCGCCUCUCAUCAUUGUCACUAUUCUGGCUGUCUGUGCUGCCAGAUGGGUCGCCGUAUUCCCUUUGUCCAAGGCUAUUAACUGGUUCAUUCGAUAUCGCGCCAGCAGACGCGGUCAAGAGGUUGGUGAUGAGCUGCCCUAUAACUACCAGGCCAUGCUCUACUGGGCUGGCCUCCGUGGAGCUGUCGGCGUGGCGCUGGCUGCUUUGCUCACUGGCGACAACGCGCCCGCACUUAGAGCUACUGUUCUGGUUGUUGUCGUGCUUACUGUCAUCAUUUUUGGUGGUACCACCGCUCGAAUGCUUGAGAUCCUGGGUAUUCGGACUGGCGUUGUUGAGGAAGUUGACAGUGACGAUGAGUUCGAUAUCGAGACCUUUGGCGGAGGCCUUCAGGUCAAGCGUUCAGGAACGGGGAUCGGAUAUAAUCCUCGCCGGAAUGGCAGCGUUGCCCUUGGCAGUCUCGAGGCUGGCCAGUCUGCUAGUUAUGUCUCAGGCGCCUCGUCUCCGCACACUGGUGGCCGCCCUGUUAGUAAGAGUCGAAAGAACUCUAUCCCGGAGCGAUCUGAUCUCCUUCGCCAUAACGACGAUUCCGAUAUUGGUAGCGAUAUUGACGUUUCCGACCUGCCUCCGCCAGCCCGACGAUCGCCACUGCCACGGGCUAGCACCGCUCCUCCAUCGCGAGCAGACAGUGCAUAUGCAACUCCCACGACAGAGACGCCCGGUGGCCAACCUAUAACAGCAACCAAUGCCCUCCGACAGCUCUGGUCCUCGGAAGAUCCGGCCAGUGUAUUCCACCAUCUGGACGAGGACUUCAUCAAGCCCAGGCUACUACUUCAAGGUGAUAGCUCUAGGGGUGGGCACGGUGGACCAAGCUGA